AUGAGGAGCGGCGGCGACGUCAAAUCCUUCUUCCGGCAGCAGAAGGCCCACUCCGGCGCGGCGGCCGCCACCAAGCCCGCCGGCGGCGUCUCCAAGAAGGCGGCGCACCACCACCAGAAGCAAGCGGCGGCGGCGGCGCAUCUCCUCCGCCCGAUACGAGCUGCGGCAGAUCACCGCGACGGCGCUGACGCGGCGAGGAGGGAGGAGGAGGAGGACGCGGAGAGGACGGCCCGGGAGUUCGACAUGGACACGCGCUACGGGCCCUGCCUCGGCCUCACCCGCGCCCAGCGCUGGCAACGCGCCGCCGCGCUCGGCCUCGCCCCGCCGCCGCACGCGCCCUGCUCCGACCACCAGCCGUACCUCUGGGAAGGCCGCGUCUAG